UUCACAAGAGCUAGCUAGCCAAUUCCAAUGUCAAGUGACAAAGGAAAAGAAUUAGUAGGAGGAGAAGGAUCAUCGUCGCGAUCCAUGGCUGCUGCAGCACCGGCUGAUCAUCAUCAGCAGCAGCAACAACCGGUCCAACUGAGCCGGUAUGAGUCACAGAAGCGGCGUGACUGGAACACUUUUGGUCAGUACUUGAAGAAUCAGAGACCCCCAGUGUCUAUGUCACAGUGCAACUACAACCAUGUGCUAGAUUUCCUUAGGUACUUGGAUCAGUUUGGGAAGACGAAGGUGCACAUACAAGGAUGUGUGUUCUUUGGUCAGCCUGAUCCAGUUAGGCCUUGCACUUGCCCCCUCAGGCAAGCUUGGGGAAGCCUCGACGCGCUGAUUGGAAGGCUGAGAGCUGCAUAUGAAGAGAAUGGAGGCUUGCCAGAGACAAACCCUUUUGCUAGUGGCGCCAUACGUGUCUAUUUGCGCGAGGUGAGGGACUCUCAAGCUAAGGCAAGAGGCAUCCCUUACAAGAAGAAGAAGAAGAAGAGGAAUAUUCAAAUGAUCAAGGCGGAAGAGGAAUCCUCCAAUAAGCUCCCUAUGCAGCCAGCUUGAUAGCUAUUUGGCUUCUCAAAAGAAUGGUAAUGGUAAUAUUUAUAUAUAUUCCCAUUUUGUGAUAUAUAUAAAUGGGUAGUUGUUUGCUUAUAAUUAAGCUCUUGAAUUUGGA